GGAUGUGACCUGAACCCCAAAGCCACGUCCACGCGGAUCAUCGGGGCGAUAUGGUGGUUUUUCACCCUGAUACUCAUCUCGUCUUACACGGCCAACUUGGCCGCCUUUCUCACGGUCGAGCGCAUGAUCACACCGAUCGAGUCGGUCGAGGACCUGGCCUCCCAGUCCAAGAUCACGUACGGCACGCUCGAGUCGGGCUCCACCAUGACUUUCUUCCGGGACUCAACCAUCGAGACCUACUCCAAGAUGUGGCGGUUCAUGGAGAACAGACAGGGGGUGUUCGUCAAGUCCUACGAGGAGGGUGUCCAGAGGGUGGUCGACGGGAAUUAUGCGUUCCUCAUGGAAAGCACAAUGUUAGACUAUAUGGUGCAGAGGAACUGUAAUCUGACACAAAUCGGUGGCCUAUUGGACAGUAAGGGCUACGGCAUAGCCACGCCUAUAGGUAAGGGUAGCCUUUUUUGA